AGCGUGUGCAGACGACUACGAUGUGCGGCGAACGAGUAUAUGGGAGACUUACACCAAGAACUUGAGAAACUCCACGCCGUCACGGAUGCUGUCCCCCUCCAUCUCUCCGGCCACCUCGCCCACCCUCACACACAGCGGGUCUCCCACGCCGCCGCUCUACCCUACACAACCCAAGAUCUCGGGCAUCCCCACCGUCGCCGCCGCCUCCAGAUUUACGGCACCUGUACACAUCGAUGUCGGCGGCUCCAUCUACACCUCUUCGCUGGAGACGCUUACAAGGUACCCGGAGAGCCGACUGGCCAGGCUCUUCAACGGGUCCAUCCCCAUCGUGCUGGACUCCCUCAAGCAGCACUACUUCAUAGACCGGGAUGGCAAGAUGUUCCGCCACAUCCUCAACUACAUGCGCCACGGAAGGACCCUGCUGCCGGACGACUUCAGCGACCACGACCUGCUGCUGGAGGAGGCCCGGUUCUUCGAGAUCAGCGGUUUGGUGAAACAAGUCGAGGACAUGAAGAAGGCGCGGCAGGAGAACCGCAGGGCGUCGUCGGCGUGCAGCAACAGCCUCUCUUCCAACACCUCUUCCAGCAAUUCCUCCCUCAGACACAAACCGGUUGUCAAUGGCAUCAAGAAAGAAGACGAUGGCCACGGUUACGAGGUGAUCGCCCUCAACAUCUCGCCGGACCUGGGGGGAACGCGUCAUGCUCUCCGGGGAACGCUGCGUGAUCGAGGAGCUGUUCCCCGAGGUGGCGCAGGCGAUGAUGGACGCGCGGUCCUCGCUGGCCUGGAACCACGACCAUCGGUUCAUCAUCAGAUUCCCCCUCAACGGAUACUGCAAGCUGACCUCGAUGCAAGCCAUCCAGCGGCUCCUCAACCAGAACUUCACCAUCGUGGCGAGCAACGGAGGGGGCGUCGAGGGCCAGCAGUUCUCGGAGUACCUCUUCUGCAGGAAAACGAUACCACUGUGAUCAUCCCACUCGUUAAUUUUCGUCCAAGAACUAUCGCACUUCGUGGUCGGGGCACAGGCUCUAUGGGCCAUGACGACACAGACGGAUUAGAUGAGAGAAGAAGAGAA